AUGGUCGGAAAGAGAAGCAAACGGCUCAGACAAAGUGAAGCAGGGGCAGAAGGGAAUCUCAAUAUGUCCGAUUCAAGUAAUACUACCGUGCCUGUUGACAAUAAUAAUCCAGUACAUAUGGAUCUUUCAAUGUAUGAGGAGUUAACAACUCGUUGUAAUGAAUUAGAACAGCGUUGUGCUAAUCUUGCUGAACGAUACGAGAACUUGCUACAGGAGGUCGGCCCUCACAAUUCUUCUAAUCUUGCUCCUAUCACGCCUACAGUAGAAUGCGUAGUUCACAGGGAAGAUUCAGUACCGCAUUUUAAAGCUGAAGUAUCCGCAGCUUUCCCACUUAGAAGGAAUCAGGAAGUAGAGUCAUGGCUACGAGCUAUUGAAAAUAUUGUAAAACCUGCCAGCGAUAGAGCUUAUAUUCGCGCAGCGAGAGCUUCUUGUAGAGGAACUGCGGACCUAAUUGUAAAUUCCCCGAUUUUUGAUGAAAUUACUAGCUGGAUUGACUUCAAGGCGUUAGUAAGGGCUAAAUUUCGCGGAACUUGCUCAAGUACAGAGUUCUUCAAACACUUGCAUAGCUCGAGAUUAACGAAUGGCCAGGCACCUUUAGAUUUUUUCGUCUCGAUUGAAGGGUUGGUUUAUCAAGGCUACAGAGAUUAUCCAAUAGCAAUAGGUGCGCCAGAUGAGCUGAUUAGACGUGUAUUCCUUCAGGGACUCCCACAUUGGUUAAGAGAAGCUCUGGCUUUAAAAGAGGAUGAUUUAUUACCUUCCCUUGUAGAUGCGGCACAACGCAUUUGGAACUUGCGUAUGGCUUCGAAAGAUGGACCUUCAGUCCCAAAUGCUCAUGAUUUCCGACUAGCCCGAGCAAGGCAGGUUGCUUCUAUAGAGAAGUAUUAUUGCGUCAAAGAACUCUUAGAUGUUUUAAUUGCCAAGGAACGGGUCAUUUUGCGAGGCAAUGUCCCUUUUUGCCGCCUCACGGUCGGACAUGGUCUUCACCAGCACGUGAGGGGACUCAUGAAGGGAGACCAAAUGAACCGAGGCAAAGAUCAGACAACCAAGAAGCACCAGGCUCACAAGGUAAUGGUUCUGCAGAACCAAAAUAACCGCGGUCGUCCUCUCCUAUAUAUGCAUGUAAAUGGUAUGUUGUGUACUUGUUUUUUGGAUACUGGUUCAGAAGUCACGAUUAUUAGCGAGUGUGUUAGCAAGAGGCUGAAUAUCCAUUCAAUUACACCAACUGGACGAACAUUCAAGGGUGCUUCCGGCGCCAUAUUUAGUGGUCAGGGAGAAACGAAUGUACAUUUUUGUAUAGACGACCUAGUACAGUGUACCCACCCAGUUGUAGUUUUCAAAGAUAUAUCAUUUCCAGGGGACGUGUUGCUAGGCAUAGAUUUCGUUCGCAGGUUUAACUUUCAGUUUGUUGCCAACCACACCCCACCUGGGAAUUACAUGUCUUUUGACGGUGUAAAGGUGCCCUUUUGGUUUUCUGAUCUCACCUCUCUAGGUAUUAGAACUAUAAAUUUAGCAUGUAAACCUCAGAAUGUAAUUGAACCCCAGUGUUCUGUAUUAUUAGUGACUCAAACCAUGAUCUGUCCACCCAAGUCGGGAUGUUUUGUGAAGACAAUGUUAUCCAGGGAAUUCACACACCCAUAUGGAUUUGUGCAAGGAAAGACUGCAAAGGUAUUGGUUCCCAGGACUGUAAUAGCAGUGAACAAUGAUAGUGCUUCUGUGUGGAUAAUUAAUGAUAAGACUCACCCAGUGACUUUGCAAAUGGGAAUGAAAUUGGCAAGUGUAUCAGAAAUUGAUAGUGUGUAUUCAUAUAAUGACUCUGUAAAUAUUCCAGGUGAUGCUGAGCAUAGUGAUAAGGUGGCAUGGGAGGACUUCACCGAUGAAUUUGAUGAACGCUAUGGUGUUGGUGACUUUGGUUAUUCACGUGGUGACUUUGAUAUCUUUCCACCAGUAAGCAUGGACGUAUGUAACAUUGAAACUCCUUCGGGCGUGAAAGGAAUAAUUCCAAAGGAGAACCUGGAACAUUUAGGGACAGUGAGAUGUGGGAUGUUAUUAAGGAUCUUGGAGAGACAUUCUAACCUCUUUGAUGAAGAUGCCCCUUUAGGUUGUAUACCAGAUAUUAACCAUCAUAUUAUAACUUCAGAUGGACCUAUCCGUACCCGACAGUGGAGAUUACCGGAAAGCGCACGUGAUACCAUACGACAAGAAUGUGAAACUAUGUUACGUGAUGGAAUAAUUGAGCCUUCUACUUCGCCGUGGCUCUCUCCUGUGGUCCUGGUGCGAAAGAAGGACGGAGGUAUAAGGUUUUGUAUAGACUUUCGUAAUCUUAACAAAAUCACAAGAUCGGAUACUUACCCAAUGCCCAGACUUGAUGAAACUAUAGACAAACUAGCAGGCACUCACUGGUUCACGGCUUUAGAUGCCAAGUCUGCCUAUUGGACAGUGGAGGUCAAUAAAAACGAUCGGCAAAAGACUGCAUUUACUGAUGGUUGUCGUCUUUUUCAGUUUAAGCGAAUGCCAUUUGGCCUGGCUACAGCCCCUUCUACUUUCCAGAGAGCCAUUAACGCAGUACUACACCCAGUCUUGGGAAGACACACCCUCGCAUUCUUGGAUGAUGUUGUUGUGGCCUCUAGGAACUUUGAUGAACACCUCCAGCAUCUUGAUGAGACUAUGGGUCUGUUAGCUAAGGCAGGAUUCAGGCUUAAUCUAAAAAAAUGUAAAUUUGCAGUGAGAUCCUUCAAGUUUUUGGGUCAUUUAAUAACACCAAAUGGAGUCCUUCCAGAUCCAGACAAGGUGAAGGCCAUUAUGCAAAUGACUGCCCCACAGACAGUGAAGCAAGUGCGCCAGUUUUUGGGAGCCACUGGGUUCUUUCGACGACACGUCAAGGAUUAUGCCACUAUAGCUGCUCCUUUAUCGGCUCUGCUGAAGAAGCAGGCAAAAUUCCGCUGGUGUUCAGAGCAGCAAACAGCCUUUGAAGCCAUGAAACAAAAGCUAGCUUCAGAGCCGAUCCUUAGGCAACCAGAUUUCGACCGUCCCUUUGAGGUGCAUUGUGACGCCUCUGGUGUGGCGAUUGGUGCCUGCUUAAUACAAAGAGAUGACCAAGGUAAACCUUGUGCUGUAGCCUACUUUUCCAGGAAACUGCGGCAGGGAGAGAACAAGUUCCCAACUAUUGAUGUGGAAGCUCUGGCGGUGGUAGAAGCAGUAAGAACCUUCGAUUCUUAUCUAUACGGUAGGCCUUUUGUCAUUGUGACUGAUCACCGUCCUCUUGUUCAUGUGUUUUCUCGAAAGACAAAGUCUUUGCGCAUGUCUCGUUGGAGCCAUGAACUUUCCUUUUAUAACUAUCAAUUAAUAUACAAACCUGGUGCAUCACAUUAUGUGCCAGAUUUAUUGAGUCGUAAGAUUUCCCCAAUUGAUGAGAUAUUGGAUCCCCAGACAGUGGCUGCUGCUCAACAGGAAGAUCCAUUGUGGAGUGAGAUUCGUGGCUACCUUCAGGAACAGAGGAUACCCCAACGCAGGAUCCCACUCAACCUUGAGGAGUUCGAGAUGAGGGACAACCUAUUGUACCAUCUCCGGGUGCUUCCAGGAAGGGUUGUCAAUCAGCUGGUAAUUCCACGUACUCUGCGGACCAAGGCUCUGGAGGCUAUCCAUGCAGAUGCGGCCUCUGCUCAUCCCGGAAUCUUCCGAACUUACUGUCGUCUCAGGGAUCAUUACUACUUUCCCCAAAUGCUGGCUGAGACCAAGAAGUAUGUGAAUUCCUGCCUAGUGUGCCAACGUAGGAAAGGCCGCGCUGGAAGAAAAGCCCCACUAGCUUCCAUGCCUGAAGUCUCUCAGCCAAUGGAAAGGGUAUCGGUGGAUCUGAUAGAUUUGAUGGGAUCUGCAAGAGGCAAUAGGUGUGCCAGAUAAUCCAGACCCGAACUCACUACACAACACGGUAUCAUCCAGAGGCCAAUGGGAUGAUAGAGAGGAGCAACAGGGUAGUGAAGGAUGCAUUAGCUACACUGGUUGGAGAGUAUCCUGAUAGCUGGGAUGAGAUGCUACCCUUCGUACGACUUGCCCUUAAUAGUGCAGUGCACAGAAGCGUAGGUCAGCAGCCUUUGUAUCUCCUCACUGGGAAGGAUGGCUAUUUCCCACAAGGACUAACCAAUGAGCAGGAUACUGAUGAAGAAACGGCCCAAAUAUUGAGAGCAAGCCUCAGAGAUGCGAGACUAACUGCGAAGGAAGCGGCACGAAAGGCCCAACGAGGAUGGGCCCGAGAUUACAACCGCCGGGUACGGCAGAGGUUUGACCCUGCAGAAGGGGAUCUUGUCCUGCUCCGGAACUUCGCUCGCCCAGGUGGUUCGGCCAGAGCAUUGGGACCAAGAUGGAGUAAACCUGCUCGCAUCGUCAAGAAGAUUGGGCCAGUAAACUACAUGGUCCGUGAGCCUGACCCACCGUACACAGAGGUCAAUUAUCACCUUAACCAGAUGCGCCCAUACGUUCCUUCAAGGGAGAUUGCGUACCCUGAGUCCGACAUUGAGUCUGAAGUGGAUCCUGAUGAUGUGGUAGAGUAAGGUCUCUGAGAAUUUGGCCAGUAGCACCUUGUUCCUGUGGGGAGUUUGUCGCAGAUUUUUGAUCUUCGUUUUCUGGGGUUUUACUUCUCGGUUGUGCACAUCUACCCUUAUUAAGAGUUGAGAAAAGGACGAAGAUGUCCGUCUAUGUAAGACCUUUUACUAAUGUAUCCUCUCUUUUCAGAAGUCUCUGGCCAUUUUCUCGACUUGCAGAUUGAGUCCGCCAACUGAAGUUAACGGACUUUGGUGGGGAGGUGUUGUAGUGAAUCUCCAGCCAAGUGGCGGAGGAAUCGAAGGAAAGUCUCCCCUCUGAAAAACAAAUAAGACCGCCCAUGCCCGUGGAUGA